AUGGGGAGCAGCACCACCACCACUGGUGAAGGCACUCGGCAACAGCCUGGACUGGCAUGUGAAGAAUGUCGCAGGCGCAAGGCACGCUGUGACCGGGUCAGACCAAAGUGUGGGAUCUGCGCUGAUUCUGGGAGGAACUGCGUUGUCCUGGACAAGAGAUCUCAGCGAGGCCCAAAGAAGGGCCAGCUGAAAGACUUGCGAUCAAGGUUGAUGCUGCUAGAGCAGCGACUGGUUGGCCAAGAUGAUGCUCUGAAUAUGCAACAGGAGCGCGACAGCCUGAGUUGCCCAACACCAUCCGAGAAAGUGAGCCCGGAGCGCGACUUCGUCUCCUCGAGCGCAAGCACAGACAUUGGGUUGGACACAGCAAUGAGCUCUACUGCCGGGGCAUUUGCGCUCUUUGGCUCAACUUCUGGCUCAGACAAGAUGCCGCCACUUACACCAGACCUCACGACGGCGACAACGGCGGCCUCAAUGGCAUCUUGCAUCUGCAAGGGCUGGCAGACGGAAUCUGGGAUGUUCUCAACAAGUCCUUUUCCGCAAAUUCCCAUUACUCCACAAUCGACGACUGCCCCCAGCCGCAUGUCGUCCAUGUCACUUGCUACCGCGGACCCAGUCAUGCCCGACGUAAGAGUCCACCCCUUUGCGCCCAUGGUCCACAAGCGACGGUAUUAUGCCUGGGCCAGCGACGCAAACGUCUCGCCGGCUCGCACCGCUCUGCGCUCCGCCAUGAGGACCAUUGCCUCGGCCAUGUCGCCCCAGUUCUGCGAUAUAGGACAGGUCAUGUAUGCUUCCACGCGGCGCAUGCUCGAGACGCAGGAUGCAUGCCCAGACACCGGCCUCCCCUGGAUGACGAGACUCAAGCCGCCGCAUGAGCAGCCGAAGAUUGACCACGAGCGCAUACAGGCCUGGCUCCUGCUGGCGUACUACGACGUCUUGCGGAGAUCCGAGCACCAGGCCUUCAUAACUGCCCGGCGAGCAUUUCGCCUUCUCCGCCUCUCUGGCCUGUGCGAGAUGGAUGUGGACGCCUGCAGCGGCGGACAGGGACACGUUGCGACAUGCACUCCGCCCGCCGAGACGUCGUGGAACAUGCAGAUGUGUCCGUCAGAAGGUCAAAUGGAUGAAGUGGGUUUGCAGCAGGAUUGGGUCUCUGUGGAGGAAAAGAGGCGGACUAUCUGGAGUGCCUUUCUCCUCGAUCGACUUUCGACAAUGGUCAACGACCAGCCCACGAUGCUGAUGGAAGAAAUGGUAACAAAACCCUCACACAUGCUCUUCUCAGCUAACUUGCUUGUCAUCAACCAGCUUUACACACGUCUUCCCAUGUCAGAGGUCGAGUUCCAGAGCGGUGCCCAAGAGCCCGUCUCACAAAUGUGCUUCCUAGUCGAGGCAACAGACGGAAACAAAGCCGGUAACGGCAUCAACUCAUCAUUGACUCCAUUUGCCCACUGCGUCGUCGUGGCCAAUCUCUUCGCACGCUGCAUGACACAUUGCAAGCUGGCCAUGCAGUCCCCUCCCUUGUCUGCACCCGAGGCUCAGGACUUUUGGAUACGACAUCAAUGGCUAGCAUCGGCGGCUGCAAACGCGUGCGAGUCUGCGGUGACGCGGUGUGAUCCAAUGCUGGUCUUUACGCGCAUCUUGGCUUUCAGCGCGAGCUUGUCACUGUGCAGUACUGCAAAUGCUACGUCGUGGCAGACGCUGGAUCACCACUUGAUGGCGAUGGCUUGUAAGCCGGCUGCGCAUCAGGCUGCUUCCCAGGUGGUUCGCAUCAUCAAGACGGCUCCUCGGAUUGCAUUCUUCAAGAUGCACCCCUUUUUCCCCAACGCCAUCGCCCUCGUGGCGAGCUUUCUUAAUGCUGACGUGCCUUAUCUACCGUCGACGCGAAGUAGCAAUGCAGUGGACACAGUUCAGGAGAGACAGGAUGCCGUCAACGAACUGCUUGCGGCGCUGCGAAGGUCAAGUCAGGUGAAUAACUUGGCUGCAGAGCUCUUGUGCAAGCUGGAGUUGGACAUUGGACAGACGGCAAGCGAUGGAAGCGUGAGUCAGUUCGACCAGGCUGAUGGUGUGUGGACAUGA